UUGGCCCGUCUCCCGUCCCCGUCGCCACCUCCCGUGUCCGUCUCCACCUUGGACCUCCCGUCUCCACCUUGGGAGAGGCAGCUGCCCAGUUCUCGGUAGCACGCACGCAUGCCGCUCAACGCCCUCUGCAAGUGCUGCCGCCAGAGCCGCACCAAGUGCGACAUGAUCCAGCCGGACGGGACGGUGCGCGAGUGCUCCCGCUGCAAGAGGCUCGGCCUACUGUGCAUCCCCGAAGAGGACAGGCGCAAGCUCGGCAAGGGCCGCAGCAAGGGCCAAAAGGCGACGGUGGAGCUCUCCUCGCGCACCAUCGCGGAGCAGGGAGGGGCGCUGCUUCCGACUGACUUCGGGCCGGCCCUCGUGUCUGCCGCCACGCUUUCCAAGUGCUCCUCUUCGGCUGGCUGGCACCCGUCCAUCUGCGAGCCGGCGCAGGUCCCCAUCCAGGUCUCCGUGUCCGUGUCGACCGCCGACGAGGCCGUGGAGCUCGGCAGGAUCUUUGGCCAGAUGGCCUCCUACAUGACAAAGCUGCUCGUGAUGGCCUGCUCGCACGGCAACCGUCUCUCUGACCGCAACGUGCUGAUGGGAGCGCUGCACGUCGUCCUCGACGUCGCGGAGAAGCGCAACUGCUGCUCCCUGACGGCCUUUGCGAUGCGGUCGGCCCACCAGCUCGGCUUCAAGAUGUCGGACAUCCAGCUCAAGGAGGGGGCCGUCUAUACAUCUCCCCUCCCCCUCUCCGUCCCGGACGUCGUCAUGGACCUCUUCAGCUCGCCCUGCCUUGUCUUUGCCCGCAUGUUCGACGGGACCAGCUAUCGAAACGCGCCCAACGCCCACCUCACGGAGCACCUCGGAUUUCUCUCCGCCGACAAGGUGGUCCCCCACGCCAUGAAAUCGGCCGCCGGACCCCCGCAGCUGCUCAACCUGCUCCUCGAGAAGGAGGCGGAUCGGCAGCGGCUGCUGAAGGCCUUUGCCGAGGCGCUGAGCAUGCCGCUGUCGCCCGUCGAGUCCAAGCAGGAGGGCGUCACGGUCACGAUGGGCCAGGUGCAGAUCGACGGACCGUUCGUGCUCAAGAUGAGGCGGGGAAGCCAGUUCGUGCAGGGCCUCUCGAAGCUGGGCGUCGCGCUCGAGCUCGGUGCCGAGUCGGACGAGGUGGCGGUCUCCUUCACGGGCCACGUGCGGCGCGUGCUCGUGCGCGAGGCUGGGAGCAGCCGCAUCCCGUGCAGCUUCUUCAUGAGCGCUUUCUCGCCGUUUGGCGCCGACGGAGGGGGCGUACUCCAGGUCCGCGACAGCGGCCGCCCCGGCCAGCUAAAGCGGCCGCUGGAGGCUCCGCGCGCCCCACCCGCCCCGUCGUGCGCGCCUCUUUCGCCUCCCUCGACGCCGCCCGCGCCCCUGUGUGCCGUCGGCGUCGCCUCGCCGGAGAAGCACCCGCGGAGGUCGACCGGCCCUCGAUCGCGCGCCUCGUGGACGCAAUACAUCGCCACGGCGCCGGCCGCGGCGCCGCCCGGCCCCUCCUCCGCCGUGAGCGCGAUCACGAGCCACCCCAGGUUCGAGGAGGUGAAGGGAGAGCUUCUGGGCGGCGCAUCCCCGGAGCAGGUGGUGAUGGGCCUCACGGGGAGCGCGCCGGAGCUGGCGCAGCUCAUCAUCGCCAACCAGGACACCGUCAAGGCGCUGCUCCUGAAGGGAGGUGCGGGCGCGGGCGCGGGCGCGGGCGCGGGCGCGGGUGCGGGUGCGGGUGCGGGCGCGGGCGCGGGGGGCGACAAGAUUGACGACUCGUGCGACGGCCAGCUGUCAUCUGUGAGCGAGGAGGAGCUGUGCGCCAUGAUCGACGACGAUGUGAUGGCCGAUUGCGCGCGUUGCGUCCAGCUCUGCGGCGGCGAAUCGCUCAUCUCAGAGGUGCUCGCGCUGAUCUGAGUGCGAGCCUCGGUGUACAGGUUUCAUCGUGUCCAUUAUGCGCUGUCUGCCUUGCUGUCUGCCAGACUUAGUCUGCGCGUCCCUCCCUGCGCGCUGUGCUCGAGGCGCUGUGGUCAUUGUGUACACGUUCUUACCCUGUGUGCUGUGCUCUUAGUAGGAAAAGGAAAAGAAAAAUCGUAAGCCUAGCUCAAAAGAAAAGCAAAAA